ACGCAGGAAGGUUCACCCUGCUCGAAGACGCUCCGGUGCGUGCUUCUACCCCCGGCUGAUCGUGUGUGAUCUGCAGUAAAAGUGCAGUGCACAGUAAUAGAGAGUGAGAAAGUGUGUGUUUUUUUUCCUCCAAAACGCCUUUGGAACUCUGUCCAUUUUAAUCGCCUGCAGCGGGCACGUCAACAGUGGAAAACGCCAACAGUGCCCAAAACUGUUCCGUGCUGCAGUGUGUGGUAAAGUUCAACGUACCGGCAGUGAUGCGGCGGCAGUACUCCAUGUGGGCCAGGACGGUGGCCGUCAUUGCUUGCGGCAGUGCCCUGAUGCUGUUGCACCCGGUCGGGGCCGAUGCACCGAAAAAGCGUUGUCUAACAAAACCGAACGUCUCGAAGAAGGUGGAUAUGGUCAUCCACCAGUGCCAGGAAGAGAUCAAAUCGAGCCUUAUUGAGGAUGCGUUGAAAAUUUUCACCGCCGAGCACGGGCAGUGGCAUGAUCGCCGCAAGCGCGAUGAGGGCGGGCUUGACUUUUCCCACCCAACGAUCGUUUCGCACGAGGACAAAUGGAUUGCUGGCUGUCUGAUGCAGUGUGUGUACCGGAAAAACAAUGCAAUCGAUAAAAACGGUUGGCCAACGCUGGACGGGCUGGUCAGCCUGUACACGGACGGUGUGAAUGAGCAGGGCUACUUCAUGGCCACGCUCCGGGGCGUUGAUCGAUGUCUCAAGGGUACGUCGAAGAAGUAUCAGAUCAAACGCAACGAUGCCGCUGAAAACUUUGAACAGUGCGAAGUUGCGUUCGACGUGUUUGACUGCAUCUCGGACAUGAUUACGGACUACUGCAGUGGCCAGACGGAGGACGAUCAUUAAAGGCGAAUGACCGCGAAUGCUUGAUACACCAACAAAUGGGGAGAUAUUACUUUUUUCCUGCACUUGUGCGACAUCCAACUCAAGACGACAGUAGAUUAGUGCUAUUUUUAAGACGUAAUUUAAUCGAAUCGAACAAAAAAUGGAAGAAAAGAAAUGUGAUUUUAUGUCGUUUGUAUGGGAAAAUAAAUGUAUAAGUUAACUCAAACCUAAACACACACCCACACAAAACGGACACAAAUGUAUCGCCGAAAAAGGUCUUCAGAUAACCAGGAAGUACACGAGACAACAGUCACAGCGGAGUUGUCUGCUCGGAUAAAGGUGCUCGUUAAUGAUUUUCCGGGUUUGUUGAGCAUCUUUUGGAGGGAAAAAUGGAAACAGCAGAUGUAUUUCAACCAGAAGUACACGAUCAUCACAGCCAAGUGGCCCGUAAAUAUGCUAAUAAACUUGUGACUUAAGACGACCCAGAAGCUCACUCAGGUCUGGCAAGACAAUGUUAAAUCAGAUAGACAGUUCCACGCAUAAGGAAGCAUGUUAAGCGGGCAGCGGGUCAUGCAAAUUCCGUUGAAUGGGUGGAUGUUUAUUAUGAAUGGGCGUUGAUACUAUUUAUCAAUUGAGGGAAUAACUUCGGGAAGAUAAUCUUCUACAAUAUUAUAAGUCA